GGACGACGCAAGGACACGCCCAUCAGAGAUUUAGAAGCCGAAACGAACCAUGCUGCAAGUUUGAGAGAAGCGCCGGGGCGCUUACUCUCUGAAUGCUGACACGCCGAGGCGAUGCCUUGGAGCAAAAGCAAAGGCAACAACAAGUCUGUCGUCGUACCCCCUGCUCUGCAGCCUUCUGCUCCCUCGCGCUCUCUCCAAGAACUUGCUCAGCUCCAGAGCACUGAGCUCGAGGUCCUCGAGAGCAUCCUCGGUCCAGACUUUGAACAAGUUCAGGCCGAGGCACUUACACCAUGGAACAGAAAGGCGACGCCUCCUUCGCCUAGUGGCUCCCAGCGGCAGCAGCAGCAGCAGCACACAUUCGAUGUGACGCUGAGGCCGGAUGUCGACGAGCUCAAGCCGCACGUUUCGGCGCUCGUCCGCUUUCGGCUGCCGUUGCGUUACCCAGACCUGCCCCCCAUCAUCAAAGUUGUCGAACAGUCGGAAAAGACAAGGGGUGUUACGGCCCGGCAGGCGCUCGCUUUGCAGGACUACCUGUCGGCCCGUGCAAAAGAGCUGCUGGGUACUGUUGACGAGAUGCUCUGGGAACUUAUCACGGGAGGUCAGGAAUGGAUGAGUGGCCAUAAUGAGGCUGUUUCAAAAAUGACGAAAGGACCGAAUCGAAGCUUGGAGGAAGAAAAGGAGCUGAGAGAAAGGGCGGCGCAAACAGCAGAGGAGAAGCGAGCGCGAGAGGAAACAGAAAGACUGCGGCAAGAGGAGGCAGAGAGGGCUUCGAAGCUGGUGCAACUUAUCGAAGAGGAGCAGUCGAAGAAGGCGCUGGCCAUCAAGGAGGAGCGUGAUCGUAAAAGAGAGGCCUUUGCCAUGCCUUCGGCGGGCAACAGCUCCCCUUCCCAGUCGCCUCGGUCGCCGGACAACAAUCGUCGAGGUCUGCAGCGCAGUGUGACUCUCAACAAGCUAGGGACCAAAGAGUCGGGCGACUUGGAUAUUCGAUCGUCGCUCCUCAGAAAGGCUCAGGAGCUGGAUGGGAGCCAGCAAACGGAAGCAUUCAUCGAUCCGAUCGAACAUCUGGGCGUCGUCACCCACCACGUCGCCAUCGGUCCAUUGUUACGGCAGAAUCGCCUCUCGACUGUACAUCUGGCCUGGGCCCAUCCAAGUCUAUCGCAACAGAACGCUUCCAUGCAGCAGAACAAUGGGCUCUGGUGCCUGGAGACCUUUCCGAUCACGACAAGACAUUAUGACCUUUCGAGCGGCAAGCGAAAGAUCGAAGAGGUUGAGUGGGAACUGGAAAAAUUGAGGGGUAUCCGCGAAGAGACGCUGGUCAAUGUUCUGGCUUGUGCGCUGGUCCUGGACGAUGCCCACGACAUCUCCCCGCUCUCGACGCGGCGACCGUCGACAAGCAAGGUAUCACGCAGGCUGCUGGUCCUCUCAGAGAGAAUCGAAGGCCCGACGCUGCGAACGUUACUGCGUCAAUGUGGUCGUCUAUCUUGGAAGAAGGUGCGCUAUCAUCUAUGGGACAUGCUUUGUGCCCUGGAUGCCCUGCACUCGCGAAACUUACUCCAUCGCAACAUCUGCCUCGACUACUUCUACCUCGAUGACGGUCGGCCAAGCCACAUGAAGCUCGCAGGAACCGGCUACGUGAGGCGGCUAAGCGACAUGGACGAGGUCAAUCCGCUGUCCGACAAAAUGGGAAAUCAAUUUGACGCCCUUCCCACCAGUGAUCUCCCCACUGGUUGGCUUGCGCCGGAAAGCAUCAUGGCGUCGGAAGAUUCGCCUUCAGCAAAGGUCUACACGCGCAAGAUUGACAUCUGGAAUCUAGGAAUCGUCGUACUUCAAAUGCUCUACUCGUCGACGAUUGUCUCCCAGUAUUCGUCUCUUGAUGCCUUUCUCGCCAGCGAGGCGUUUGGUCCAUUAGAUGAAGCCCUUGAGGCAUCUGCGGAGCACGUCAAAGUCUUUCUCCGCGGCAUGCUGGAGAAGAGCACGAGGAAGCGGUGCUCGGCAGAAGAACUCAAGAGCAGGCUCGAGGAAAUGAUUCGCUUCGAGGAGGCCGAAGAGAACAGCCGAGGCAUAACGACAGAGACCACCGCCACUGCAGGGAAAAGAGCCAAAAGAGACACUUUCACAGCUGCCGACAAGAACGACCGUCCAAAAAUGACUCGUGGGCCGUCGGCGGCGACCGAUGUGGGAGGCGCAGGUGCCGAGGAGCACGAGCUUGCCAUGACGAGGGCACUCCGCCCUGGCUCUUUUUGGCAGCUUCGACGAAAUGAUGCCACUGCGCCUGUCACGGGGCUUUCCAGGUACGAGAGCGACUUUGAAGAGCUCGAGCUGCUGGGAAAAGGAGCCUACGGCGCAGUCUUCAAGGCAAGGAAUCGCCUCGACGGACGCAGUUACGCCAUCAAAAAGAUCCGUCUUAGUGCAUCUGCCGAGAACGAUGACCGCACGCUGCGAGAGAUCACGGCUCUUUCGAGAUUGAACCAUCAAAACAUCGUCCGUUACGUCACUUGCUGGAUCCAGACACAGGCCGAGGAUCCACAGCCAACGUCGAGCGAGGAGGCGAUGAGCUCCUUGAAGACGACCGAUGGCCGCUCGAAGGCCGACUUCAGCUUCAGGGUGCCAGGGAUCGACGACGACUUUCUCUCGGUAGGACACGACGCUGGAAGCAAUGUCCGCUUUGGUAGCUCCGACUCGGGCGAGAGCGACGAUGAAGAUCCGGCGCCACCGUGCAAGGCAGGGGAGCGUCCGUCUUGUUCAGAAGGAUCCAAAGACUCGGACUCAGACUCAGAUUCAUCGUCAGACUCGAGCUCGGAGACGCGGUCGGGUUCAGAAUCAGUGGACCGCAUUGCAUCACGUUCGAGCUUCAAGAGGCCGCAGCCACAAGACAGCAGAACAGCGGCAUCUCCUUCUCAACCCCGCUGGCUGUAUAUCCAGAUGGAGUACGUCGAAAAUCAGACACUCAGAGAGGCAAUCGACCGUGGCCUAUCCGUUGACGAAAGCUGGAGGCUCUUCCGGCAGAUCAUCGAAGCGCUCGUUCACAUCACCUCCCUCGGUAUCAUCCACCGAGAUCUCAAGCCUAGCAACAUCCUCAUGUAUUGCAACGAUCAGAUCUUGAUGGAGGCUGCCAACACUGCCAAUCCCAUCUCCUCUUCGACCAACACAGCUGGUGAUAUCAAAAUUGGAGAUUUCGGACUCGCGACGACGACGCCACAGCAAGCCCAGCUUGAUGGACCCACGUACGGUACACUCGAGGAGAGCGGAGACUUGACUACUGAGGUUGGCACAAAUCUGUACAUUGCUCCCGAGGUGGCCAAGCGAGGUGGAUCUCGCUAUGACCACAAGGUCGACGUCUACGCUGCCGGUGUCAUCUUCUUCGAGAUGCUAGCUGCUCAGCGCGUGUACAAGACAGGCAUGGAGAGGAUUGGUGUGGUUCGGGAUUUGCGAUCCGAAGAGGUCAUCUUUCCUAAGGGUUGGAAUGAGGCUCAGAUGCCGGCGCAGACGAAGAUUAUCCAAUGGCUCCUCAACCACGACCCCUCAAAGAGGCCAACGGCUCUCGAGCUGCUGAAGAGCGAGCUUCUGCCGCCCAAGCUCGAAGACGAAUACAUUGCAGAGUGUCUGCGUCUGAUGAGCACACCCAACAGCACCUACAACCUGCAGCUGAUGGGGUCUCUUUUUGGUCGCGAGGAGCCGGCCGACCAGAGAGAGGCACGGGAAUUCACCUUUGACGCCGGCGGCAAUGAUGAAGGUCAAGACAAUCGCUUCAUUGGCGUUGCCUGCACCCAUCUACGGUCGCUUUUCCGCAGGCAUGGGGCUGUCGAGCUCGAGGCGCCCCUCCUUCUGCCACCCAACGAGCUGUACGGCCCCGACAGGAAGCCUGUCGAGCUGCUGGACAAGACCGGCAAAGUGGUGCAGCUCCCUUACGAUCUCGUCGUGCCCUUUGCACGCAUGGCCGCACGAUCAGAGGGCAAGCGUUUCAAGCGAUAUGCGAUUGCGCCAGUCUUUCGUGAUAAUCUCUUGGCUGGCGGCCAGCCACGGAGCGUUACGGAAGUCGACUUUGACAUUGUCUCGCCGGAGAAGACACCGGCUGCAGAGGCGGAAGCGCUCAGCGUCGUCGACGAGAUCCUCGACGAGAUGCCCGGACUAGAUUCGGAGGAGUGGGUUGUGCAAAUCUCUCACGGAGAUGUCUUGGACCUCAUCACGGAUCGGGUGCCUCCUCGACAGCGCCCCGAGGCGCUCGCGGCUAUCUCGCUGCUCUCCGGUGGCGGAAAGACUGCCGUCGCAAACGGCAGGGCCAUGCUCAACCAGUUGGCGCUUCCACGGUCCAUCGUCGAGGAGAUUGAAGCAUCCAACAUGUCGGACGACGUUUCGAUUGUCUUUUCUCGGCUCGAACGGCUGGUGGCGCUCGACCUGCGCCCGAAGCUGAGCCGAGCCGUCGAGGAGAUCAAGCGCGUCAUUCAUCUAGCCGCACACUUUGGUAUGCAGAGGCGCUUCCUCUUUACGCCCCUCCUCGUCCCUUCCAAUGAACUGCUGUACAAGGGUGCUAUCCACUUCGUCGUCGCGCGCGCCGGCUCCAAAAAGAGGGAUGUGCUCGCUUCAGGCGGACGCUACGAUGUGCUCAUGAAGCGGUUCGCUAGUCCGACGAUACCUGGGCCGCCGCCGCACGCCGUCGGUAUCCAGAUUGCCGUGGGUCGCAUCGCGCUUGCCCUGGCCAAGCACCACGAAAGCGUCUUGCCUCGCUUGAUGAUGAGCAAGGCCGUCGAUGAGGAACGAUACUUUGGUCCAUGCGCGCCUCGGAGAUGCGACGUCUACGUGGCCAGCGGCAAGGGGAUCUUGAGCGUACGCAUGGAGAUCUGUCGCGACCUCUGGGCGGCAGGCUUGAGUGCCGAUCUGGCUUACGAUCAUGCACUCGAAGACUCGCCAGCGCUUCUUGCGUCGACGUGCCGUGCAGAAGGAAUUCUGUUCCUUGUCAUCGCAAGGACCCGUCAGUCGUCGCUUGUCAAGGUCAAGGGCAUUUUGAGCCGAACCGAGUACGAAGUGCCCCGGCAUGAACUGUGCGCCUGGCUGGCUGAGCGCAUUGCGCGCCAGAACUCGAGCUCGGCCGCUGCUCUGACCAGCGCCGACCACCACCAUGCUGCUGGAACGCUUGGAUCUGGAGCAGGGGCAGCGGGGAGUGCGGCUGCCGGGCAUCACCGUCCGACCUAUGAUGCCGCCGAAGCGCAAGUCAUUCUUCCCAACCCCUUCACCAACGCCAGCUCACGGCGGCAAGACAAACACGGCAACAAUGAGCGCCGGAGCAAGAAGAACGUGGCGCCCAUCCAAGAGCGGGCAGUCCGAGAAGUAGCCAAGGUCGUUGAUGACAUCACCACGAACCGAACGAUGCCCACAGCGACUUAUGCCGUCGAGCUGACCGGAACUACCUUUGCACGACUCUGCGCAGCGAGUCUAGCGAGGACAGACGAGCAACUCUGGAAGCUUUUCUUUGACUCACUCACGAGCGUCGAUGAGCGAGACUACGGACGGUUGGUCCGCAAGCACAUCGACGACCUUGAAGGAGGCCGGUGCUGGCUCGUCUCGAUUCGAGAAGAGGGCGCCCAUCUCGUGUGAAUCUAUUGUAACAUAGUCGCUUAUUCUAAGUAUGACCCGAAAUCAUCUACCUGCUCGAAACAUG